GAGCUAUGUCGAAUUCAACUUGGCCCAAAGGAAUCCUAUUUCGAGAGUUCCAGGAUAAUCGUUCUACGCAAAAUUUUUGGAUGCCGCAAUUGACACCGAAUCGCACCGAUGUAGUCAACCCUUCUACCAACGUUUUCGCACCGGCGGGGGAAUCCUGCACGAUGGAAUAAGGACACCGCGACGCACAUUAAAAAGCACUAUGGAGGCCCCCGCUCAGCUCGACACAGUCCCGCCUUUUGCUGCCAGCGCUCAUCACAGCCGUCGUGGUCCUGCUGUCGAGUCUGCAGUUGGGGACCUCCAGCCUGCUUUUACAGGCAAGUACGUACAAUACCAAACUCUCUCCCUGCCUGAUCGCAAUUCCGUUUCCAGACUGUGCCCUUCGAAGGGUAAUCCCCCUUGUCUGAAAUCAUCAUCCAGUGAUCUCUCACUUAUCAACGCAUCAUCUUCGCACGGCUGUUCAAGCCCAUCGCCACUCAACCCGGGACGCUCGACACUAAGCACUAUGGAAGCCCCGGAUCCGCCUAGCUCAGUCGCGCCUUCUGCAUCUGUUACGACCGAUUACCUGCCAAUCUCAACUCGUUCCGACCAUCCAAGUCGUCCCGGCCCUGAGUCUAGUGCUGGUGAUGGGGUCUUCCAAGCUACCAACCAAGAUCAGCCCGCUACAAAUGUCCUCUUAUACUACCAAAAUGUUGGUGGUAUUAACAGCUCCGUUGCCGAAUACCAGCUCGCCCUUAGCGACGGGUGCUACGAUGCUUACGCCUUCACUGAGACCUGGCUGAAGGAUUGUACAACGUCUAAGCAAUUGUUCGAUGACUCGUUCUCCGUUUACCGACAAGAUCGAUCGUCCAUCAAUAGCAACAAGAGUACAGGGGGUGGCGUUUUAUUAGCAGUGCGCUCCAGGUUCAAAUCCCGCUUAGUCAACCCUCCAAAUUCAUCGAUCGAACAGCUGUGGGUGGCCAUUUCUACCGAAGAUGCGACGAUUUAUGUUUGCGUCAUUUAUAUUCCUCCGGAUCGAAUCAAUGAUUCAAGCGUGAUUGAGACACACGUGGAUUCACUUAACUGGGUAGUGUCGCAAAUGGGGCCUAGAGACAAUUUUGCCAUUCUUGGUGAUUUCAAUUUGAGCUCGAUUGCUUGGCAGUGCAGUUCUUUUGGGUUCUACUUUCCGUGCAUUUCUCGAUCCUCAAUGGGCCAACCUUCGCGCGACCUGCUUGAUGCUUACAGUACCGCUGGACUCAGACAGAUGGUUGGAGUUGAAAACGAGAAUAACCGUUCACUUGAUCUAUGCUUUGUGAGUGAAGAGCUAGGAGUGAAUUGUUCGGUAAUGCAAGCUCCAGCACCGCUCGUCAAACAAGUUAGACAUCACCCGCCUCUACUAUUGAAUCUCAAAAUGAACCCCUGUCGAAGCUUUCAAGACACUUCAGAAAGUGUCUCUUAUGACUUCAGUCGAGCCAAUUUCGCUGAAAUGAAUGAUUUCCUGUCACAGUUGGACUGGAGUGAGAUUCUUAGCGAUUCCGAUCCUAACCUCGCCGCGUCGACUCUGUCUGGAGUACUACUCUAUGCAAUCGACCAGUUUGUUCCAGCUAUGCCUUAUCGCAAACCAGCUAAACCGGUUUGGUCGAACGCUACUCUCAAAAACCUCAAAAGGGAGAAGCAGGCAGCUUUGAGGCGUCACAGUAAAUACCGUACGGACUCAACGAAAGCCAGUUAUUUGGAAGUGAACUCUGCAUACAAGCAUCUGAACAAUUGCCUCUACAACGCUCAUUUAAGCCGACUCCAGAGCCGCCUUAAGACUAACCCUAAGAGCUUUUGGCGUCACGUCAACGACCAACGAAAGGAAUCAGGGCUGCCGUCUACGAUGAACGAUGGAUUGCGAGAAGCUGAUACUACCACCGAUAUUGCCGACAUGUUCCGUUCUCAAUUCAGCAGCGUCUUCGUUAAUGAGCAACUUGACCCUCAGGAUGUUACCAACGCAACACAGAAUGUUCCUAGUUUUCCAGCAUCCGGGCUGCAGAUCGCCGUCACCAACGAUGCUAUAAUUGACGCAUGUUAAGAUUUGCAGUCCUCCACUGGAUGUGGUCCGGACGGUAUCCCUUCGCUUGUGCUUAAACGUUGUGUGACCUCUCUGGCUGCACCACUGUGCACCGUGUUCAACCUCUCUCUGCAAACUUGCAUUUUUCCUGAUUGCUGGAAGCAGUCACAUGUUUUUCCCGUUUUCAAGAAAGGCUGCAAACAUAGAGUCUCAAACUACAGGGGUAUUGCUUCCUUGUGCGCUAUAUCGAAGCUGCUGGAGCUGAUCGUUCUGCACAAGUUAGUUCAAAGCUACGCACAUUAUAUAUCCCAGGAUCAAUACGGAUUUGUUCCAAAACGAUCGACCACCACCAACCUGACGUGUUUUACAUCGUACCUGAUACGUCAGUUCCAAAGCGGUCUUCAAGUUGAUGCCAUAUAUACCGAUCUUUCCGCCGCCUUCGAUAAAAUGAAUCACCAAAUCGCACUGGCCAAAUUCGACAAAUUGGGCAUGAACAACGACUUCCUCAUCUGGCUUCGAUCGUAUCUGACUGGUCGCAGUAUGUCGGUGAAAAUUGGUGACUACGUCUCUUCGCCGUUUACAGUCUGGUCCGGUGUUCCUCAAGGUAGUCACCUUGGACCGUUCCUGUUCCUGCUGUAUAUGAACGAUGUCAACUGUACUUUGAAAUGCCUGAAACUAUCAUAUGCUGAUGACCUGAAGCUGUACUUCCAGAUAAAGCAACGUCAGGAUGCAGUGUUUUUGCAACAACAGCUGGAAGCCUUUGCGGUUUGGUGUAGUUUAAACCGUAUGUCCCUAAAUGUAUCGAAGUGCUCUGUUAUAUCGUUCAGCCGUAAGAAAAGCACGUUUCACUUCGACUAUGCUUUGGGUGGUGUCAAGUUGAAACGUGAAUCGACUGUUAAGGAUCUGGGAGUAUUGCUGGACUCUAAAUUGACAUUUAAGGACCAUGUUGCCUAUGUUGUGGCCAAAGCUUCAUCUCAACUCGGUUUCCUUUUCCGAUUUGCCAAGUCGUUUAAGGACAUCUACUGCUUGAAGUCGUUGUAUUGCUCUAUUGUGCGUCCCAUUCUGGAAUAUUCGGCAGUCGUCUGGGCCCCGUACUACGCCAACGAGAUUUAGCGCAUAGAAAGUGUACAGCGGA